CAAUAUCUCUUUCAAUAAUCCUUUGUUCUGUAAUCUCACAGAUCUUCGCUGAAGAGGAAGCAGGGCUGCAUACACUCGCAGAUAUCUUCCUUGUUCUCCUCCUUUAUAGCCAUGAAGAAGCAAAAAUCCCCCGCGACGCAGAACCCGUUUGAUGUUCUCUCUGAGGAGCUCGUCUUCAGCAUCCUCGACCACCUUGAUUCUAACCCGCUUGACAAAAAAUCAUUUUCCCUGGUUUGUAAGUCUUUCUAUUCCAUCGAAGCUAAACACCGUCGAACCCUGAAACCCCUUCGCUCAGAACACCUCCCAUCAGUUUUAAAUCGAUACCCUUUUGUAACCCAUCUCAAUCUUUCCCUUUGCCGUCGAGUCACCGAUGGUUCCUUGGCGUUUGUGGCAGACGCUUACAAAGCCACGCUCCAACGGAUUGAUCUAUCCCAGUCCAAGUUCUUCUCCAGUAAUGGGUUGCUUAAUUUAGCUAUGAACUGUAAGAAUCUGGUGGAGUUGGAUUUAUCGAAUGCGACGGAGCUGAGAGACGCGGCGGCGUCUGCGGUGGCUCAGUUUUCGAACUUGGAGAAGUUGUGGGUGGGGAGGUGCAAGCUGAUUACGGACAUGGGAAUUGGGUGUAUUGCAGUCGGGUGUAAAAAGUUGAGGUUGAUUUGCUUGAAGUGGUGUGUGGGUGUUGGCGAUUUGGGGGUGGAGUUGAUUGCUAUCAAGUGUGAGGAACUUCGUAGUUUGGAUCUCUCUUAUUUACCUAUCACAGAUAAAUGUCUGCCAUCAAUUUUUAAACUGCAAUAUCUUGAAGAUUUGGUUCUUGAAGGAUGCUUUGGCAUUGAUGAUGACAACACUGAUGUCUUCAAACAAGGUUGCAGAACAUUAAAGAAACUUGAUAUCUCUGGCUGUCAAAACAUUACUCACAUCGGUCUGUCUGCAUUAAUAAGCAGUUCUGGAUGUCUUGAACAACUUAAUUUAGCGGAUGGGUCUCCUGUAAUCUUCUGCUUCCUUUAUAAUUUUCAACACUUCAGGUUUUGAGAUUUCGUUUUCUUUUUGGUCUUUGGUCCAGGGGAUUCCAGCUGUAGCUAAUUGUUCAAAGUUGAUGAUCCAGGUGACUCUUGCUCUGGCUGAUGGGUUG